AUGGUUGUGGAAUUACACACGUUAUGUCGCCUGUCUUCGGAAUUGAAGAAUAACAAAUUUGUUAUUCGUUAUCCCGAGUUCAAAGAGUUCCAGAUGAAUAUACAGUUGGAUAAGCUGGAACCGAAACAACGGUACGUUCCGAAAGUUUUGUAAACAAAGUUCUUGCCAUUUUAUGUUUUGUAAAGAAAGUUUUUGCCAUUUUAUGUUUUGUAAAGAAAGUUUUUGCCAUUUUAUGUUUUGUAAAGAAAGUUCUUGCUAUUUUAUGUUUUGUAAAUAAAGUUCUUGCUAUUUUAUGUUUUGUAAAGAAAGUUCUUGCUAUUUUAUGUUUUGUAAAGAAAGUUCUUGCCAUUUUGUUUUGUAAAGAAAGUUCUUGCCAUUUUGUUUUGUAAAGAAAGUUCUUGCCAUUUUGUUUUGUAUAGAAAGUUCUUGCUAUUUUAUGUUUUGUAAAUAAAGUUCUUGCUAUUUUAUGUUUUGUAAAUAAAGUUCUUGCAAUUUUAUGUUUUGUAAAGAAAGUUCUUGCUAUUUUAUGUUUUGUAAAGAAAGUUCUUGCCAUUUUAUGUUUUGUACAGUGUAUUUUUAGCGGAGAUUUCGCAUUGUUCAACGUAACAUUUUCGACGUAUUAUCGUAGUCCUGAAUGGUGGUACAUUGUAGUCGACGGCCACUUUCUUGAUGGUAAGUUUUAUAUUUGUAGAAAGAGGGAGAUGAGAAGCUAUAGUAAAUAUAAAAAAUGUUUUCAGAUUACCAGUGCAACGAGACCGCACCCGAGUUAAGUUUAACGUUUACUGGCCAACAAGUUUACUGCUGUGUCCUACCUUUUCGUACCGUAUCCUGCUCUACCUUAUCCUACCGUACCGUACCGUACCUUAUCCUAGUCUACCAUAUCCUAUCCUACCUUACCCUACCCAACCUUACCCUACUCUACCCUACCGUAAUCAAACUUAUUCUACCCCACCGUACUCUUCCUUAAACUGCUCUACCGUAUCCUUUCCUUGCGUACACUUUCCUUUUGUCUACCCUGCACUGUUCUACCUACUACCCGAAUCUUACCUUAGCCUUAGCUUAUCGCUACCUUUUUACUCAACCCUACUGUGCUGCCCUACCCACUUUACCCUACUUUACCUUACUCUAACUUAACUUACCCUACCUUACCCUACCCUACCCUAUUCUACAAUACCCUAUCUUACCCUACCCUACCCUACCCUACCCUACUCGACCCUACCCUACCCUACCCUACCCUACCCUACCCUACCCUACCCUACCCUACCCUACCCUACCCUACCCUACCCUACCCUACCCUACCCUACCCUACCCUACCCUACCCUACCCUACCCUACCCUACCCUACCCUACCCUACCCUACCCUACCCUACCCUACUCUACUCUACCUUACUCUAUUCUACUUUACCCUACCCUACUUUGUCCUAUUCUACCCUACCCUACCCUACCCUACCCUCCCUACCCUACCCUACCUUACCCCUACCCUACCCUACCCUACCCUACCCUACCCUACCCUACCCUACCCUACCCUACCCUACCCUACUCAUUUCAUAACUAAUAGUCCCCCUUAUCAGUUAGAAAAUGAGUAAAUGACCAGUAACCGUAACUUGUUUUAUGUGCCGAGCCCAGUCUGCCAGUUCCGCGUAUACGAACAGGAUUUGUUUCAACUGUUCAAGCUGACCAUUACACGCACCGGCCGAGUCUUUUUCCAAUCCGUGAUCUCAGUGCACGACAAAACACCACAUUACAUUGGUAAACUGGUGGCGCGGGACGGAAUACAGCCGCUGGUGGUGCACAAGGACGCAAACGGCUUUGACGAGGUCCGUGUCCCUAUGGACUGUAUAGGGCGCCAGCCAGAAUACUAUCUGGAGGGUAAGCUCCUUUUCCCAUUCGAUGGCGUUUCUGAUCACGUCUCGGACAAGGCCAGGUUCAUUGAAUUGCAUAAGAAAAAGCCUUUUAUACCCAAAAUAGACUCAUCCGACCCGAAGUCGUACAUGUGCAUGCUGGUGGUCAUCUUGAUGUACAUUAUGUAAGUUUUGGCUGGGUAGGGGAAAGAGUGUGGGUGAUUUUUUAAUGAGUUGAACAGCUUCGAAUGGGUAGCUUUUGGUAUGAAAAAAAAAUUUAGUUAACAAUUCAAGGAGAGGUAAAGUUAGGGCUUAGGACAUGAGGAAUGGUUCAGGCCUGAGGAAAAUUUUGAUCGGGACAAGCCUAACAUCAGGUCCGGCCCUAUCUUUCUUUCCUCAUGUCUAAUAGGGCAAAAGCUAUGGCUAGAGGUGGGGGCACGGCUUUUAUAAUAGAAGAAGGGUUAGGGGUAGGGGUAAAGCUAAGGUAAGGUAGGGUAGAAUAGGACAAAGUAGGGUAGGGUAAAGUAGAAUAGAGUAAGGUAGAGUAGGGUAGGGUAGGGUAGGGUAGGUUAGGGUAGGGUUAGGUUAGGUUAAGAAUAAGAUCAUGGGGGGACACGUUUAACUUUUUUCAAAAAGUUGGUAGGGUACAUUUUUAAAAAAGGUAGAAAUUAAAUAAGUUUUUGUACUUUUCCAAAAAAAAAUGUAAGAGGAAGGGGGGGGGGUAAAAAAUUUUUUUUAAAUUUUAUUUGAAAUUUCAGAGGCGUUACCUUUGGUGUGAUGAGUGCCAUUUGCUUUGUUUGGUUAUAUUUGGUGAAGGCGUACAAGAAACGAGUGAGUUUUUUUUUAUUUUGCUAGAACUUUCUUUACAAAACAUAAAAUGGCAAGAACGUUCUUUACAAAACAAAAAAUAGCAAGAACUUUCUUUACAAAACAAAAAAUAGCAAGAACUUUCUUUACAAAACAAAAAAUAGCAAGAACUUUCUUUACAAAACAAAAAAUAGCAAGAACUUUCUUUACAAAACAAAAAAUAGCAAGAACUUUCUUUACAAAACAAAAAAUAGCAAAAACUUUCUUUACAAAACAUAUUUUUCUAAUUUCCAGCUCGAAGAACCGCCCGAGCAGCAAACCCCCAAGAAGAGUAAGAGUUCCUUCGAGUCGAUUGAAGCAGCUGGUGAAGAUAAGUCGAACAAAGAUUCAGAAGACCAAAAGCCUGAAGAAUGCACCGAUCCAAAGUCCAAAAAACUGACUGAUCCACAUAAAGACGAGAAGUUGGUGUCAACGCACAAGGCGACCAACGAUGGCUUUGAGGAAACGUCUGAUAUGAUCUAA